AUGCCGGAAGCUCCAAGUGGAUCGACCACAGAAUCUGUGAUACGACCAACAAUCACAGGUUUAUCACCAAAAGAAGGUGUACCUGGUGCUCAGAUUAAAAUUCGUGGUGAGAAUCUUGGUACUGGACAGUCCGAUCUACUGGCUUUAUCAAUUUGUGGAACAGAUUGUUUGAUGUCAGCAAGAUGGAAAUCACCUUCAUUGAUCGUUGCAAGAGUUGGUCAAGCAAAGCGUGGCGUUGGGGAAAUAAUAAUAGUGACCAAAUCGAUGGGUCGAAGUGUAUCGAAUGUCACGUUUCGGGUAUUUAUUGUUCAAGUGGGGCCAUUAGAGGAAAGUGCUGUGUGGGUGGAUGAGUCACGAACUGUGCCAGCACGCGAGGCAAUUCGCAACAUUCCUGAAACAACUGAAUCUGUUGAUGCACUCGGCCUUAAAGUAGAACCUCAAAAGAAAAUGCCACAGACUUCGCUAAUGCAAAUGUUCCCUGAUGGAUCGGGUAAUCGUCGUAUGGAAAAUUUCAGUCCUGCUUGGUAUCUGCUCGAAAACCAUCGGCAAACAUCGUUUGUUCUACGAUUGUUGGAUGAUCUGCGUAAAGGUUUAUCAAAUUUAACACGUAAUGCGAAAGAAGAAGAGAAAAGUAAUGCGGAUAUUCAUCGCGCCAAUCUUUGUUCAUUGAUCAGUUGUGUUGAUGCGUUAGCGACUCUUCAUGAUCGAGUACAACUCGAGAAAAACACUCGAGGAUGGCCGUUAACAAAGAAUAUCUUCGAUGAGUUAGUUGAGUCACAUUCGACGGCUGAAUCACUAUUCCAUGAAGUGUUGAAUCGUAAGGAUCGUGCUGAUGCGACUCGAAAUGCACUCUCGAUUCUCACACGUUUCCGCUUCAUUUUCUUCCUUUCAAGCGCCAUCGAUGAAAAUCUUGCCAAGGGUGAAUAUUCAACGAUAUUAAAUGAUUACACACGAGCAAAAUCCCUUUUCAAAGACACAGAAGUGGCACUUUUCAAGGAAGUAAUGCACGAAUUGGACUGUAAAAUGGAAGUGUUCAAAAAGAAUAUGAAACAGCGCCUGAUCGAUAUGCCGACUUCAUUCGAAGAUCAAAGUAAACUCAUCAAAUAUCUUAAGGUGCUAGAACCUGAAUCAGAUCCAGCGUGGGAUUGCAUAACUGCUUACCAUUGUUGGCUGGAAGAUUUGCUGUGGCAAGUUCAAUUCAAACAUCACAAAAUCGUGGUUGAUGGAAACGCGCAUAGUCGUCAAGAUUUUGUGCAGGCGAUCGUGAAUUUGAUCACAGACAAGCUACAGACGUUCUGGAAAUUAUCACAGGUCUAUUCGGUGUCUGCAAGCAACGUGAAUUAUGUGAAUCGUCAACAUGAUAUUUGUCAAAUGUUAAUCAAUACAAUAAACGUGUCAUCGUGGUUGAUGUUAAAUGCACUUGUGCCAUCCUCACUUCCUGAAGCAGUUCAAACACAAUACAAAGAACAAUUUGUCGAGUGGCCACCGAUCUCUUCCACGGCUCUUACAAAUCAACUUUUCGCUUCGCUCAAAAUACUCAGGAAUUGUAUAAGCACAAUGCUUGAUUAUAACUUCACAAGUGAGCAUCUGCAACCGUUGAUUGAGUUAUGCAUGACGAUUCGUCUAAAAUGUUUAUCGAAGAUUGUGGAAAAAACUACUCGAGGAGUCAUUGCUUUGGGAAGCAAAGAAAACUGGAAGAUAGAAAAUGUUCAAAAUGAUCAUGCCAAGACAUUGCUUCCAGAUUUGUACGAAAAUGAGGUGAAUGAUUCAUUAUCAUCAAUUGGUCAAGUUUUGUCAUUUUGUGGAUUUUCUGGUGAAAUGGAUUUGUUCACAAGGGAACCGUUUCGAUUGAUGUUGAUUGAUUUGUUCUCAAUCGUAGUCACAUCAAUACGUGAUUGUAUUGAGCAUGUUGUGCAGUUAAGGAGUGAUGUUCGUCGACCGGCUGCAUUGGUUGGUGAAAAUACAGUUGGUAGUAAGAAACUAUUGAUUGCGAUUUGUAAUAUGGAAUACGUUUUGGCCUAUUCAUUGCCAUCACUUUGCAGAAGAUUAUCUGAAAGUGGUGUGAAAUACAGUGAUUUGAUUUUUGAGCGAAGUCGAGAGCAGUUGACCAGCUUUCGUGAAAGUCUUGUCAAGAAUUAUCUUCAGUUAAAGUGUGGAACUUUUUCGUCGAUUAUUGAAUCGGCGAACUACGACGAUUUACCAUGUGACGAUGUUUCUGAGUAUAUCAAGGAAUUGAUGAUGUGUAUGGUGUUUAUACAGUCUGAAAUAUGUUUAAUGGCUCCUCAACUUAUUCAUGAGGUAUUGUGUCCAGCAACACAAAUCGCAUUCGAGCAGUUAAUGGAAUCCUUAUCCAAAUUGGAUAAUUUAUCCGUUGAUCAAAACACACAACUUGUUGCCGACCUCUCCGCCCUUGAAGAAACUCUUCAAAAUUUCCUCUCACUUGAAAUCAGAACUAUUCUCAAUUCGUUUCGUGCUGCUCAUAUGAAGAAUCUCGAUCAAACAUAUUUUCAACGCAUUCUGCGUAAUUUCCGAGCUGCGAUGCGUAUGGCAAUCGCCAGCUUGAACUGUGAACAUGCAAACGUUCCGAAUGACACAUCGAAUGUUUAA